AAAAGCAAAAGAUGCAUAUCACACUUCUAACAUUGAUAAUGUGACUCUGACCAAAAACCUAACGAAAUUUCCAACCAAAGUCAUCCCCUAACCUCGAGAUUAUCUUACUUUUCUGGUUUUGUUUAUAACCAACCCUCUCUUUUCGCAAUUUUUUUCUGACAAAACGAUGGGGAAACCCGGACUCCUUGAUCUUGAGAAGCACUUUGCCUUCUACGGCGCAUAUCACAGCAACCCAGUUAACGUUUUCAUACACAUAAUUUUUGUGUGGCCGAUUUUCUUCACUGGUCUUAUUUUGUUCUACUUUGUACCUCCCGUUUAUGAUGUUCAGUUUUUGCCAUCUGGGUUGUUCGGUUCCGCCCUCGUUUUGAAUUUCUCAUUCUUGUUUGCCCUGAUCUACGCUUUGUUCUAUUUUUGUAUGGAUAAGAAAGCUGGUUCUUUGGCUGCUUUGCUUUGUUUUACUUGUUGGGUUGGCGCCAGUUUAGUUGCUAAUAGACUUGGAUACUCUCUGGCUUGGAAGGUUGUGCUAGCAGCUCAGGUGAUCUGUUGGACUGGACAGUUUUUGGGUCAUGGUAUCUUUGAGAAACGGGCGCCAGCUCUAUUGGACAAUCUUGUUCAAGCCUUUCUGAUGGCUCCUUUCUUUGUAUUGCUCGAGAUUCUCCAAACAGUCUUUGGAUAUGAACCGUAUCCAGGGUUUCGUGCAAGAGUUGAAGCAAAGAUAGAUGCUGAAAUCAAGGAGUGGAAGGAGAAGAAACAAAAGAAAGUUUCUUAAUUUGGUCAAGUCAACAUAAGUUCUGAUGAUCUGUGUAACUAGUAUAUACAUUCAAUAAAUUUAAACAUUUGAAUGGAGGCUCAUGAAUCUGUUCCUCCUUUAAAAAUGUAUGACAUACGUGCAGGCUUGUUUUUCAUUUAAUAUGAUUUAAAAUAAUCUGAAAAUAA